CAUUCAUGUGUUUUUGUGAUUCACAAUUGAACAAGAACAGUUUUUCAUCAAUUUAUAUUUCGUUAUUAUAUUAUUUAAUACCUACACGAUAUUCUUAUGGCGUUUAUAGUUCCAGACAAUAUACUAGAGACUUUACUUUGCAGUUUUUGUCAUAAAUAUUUAUCGGUGAAACCCACAAAAGUUUAUCCAAACAGGCUUAUACAGUGUGGAAGAUGUGUUGAUAAUAAGGAACAUUCAAUUCAUAAUUUCGAAGCAGUAGAAUCACAGUAUGGAAAAAUUGCUCAAAACAUUUUGUUUAAAUGUGUCAACAGGUUUGACGGUUGUCGAGAAUUGUUAACAUACUCUCAGGUGCGAGAUCAUGAACAGGUAUGCCUGGAAAAAAUUCACAAGUGUCCAAUUUGUGAUGAAGAAAUGGCGAGUUUUCUGAUUCUUCGACAUUUUCAUUCCAAACAUAAAGAUGCCAUAUUGGAUUGUCCUGCAUUGGUUUUUAGCUUGAAUGAUCAUUUAGAAAUGCCUAGUGUUUAUGUAUAUCAAGAAGAAGAUAAUUUGUUUUUUCUGUAUAUUAGCUAUAUUAGAUCGGAAAAUAUAAUAAAAUUAGAUUUGGUUGAUAUCGGGUCCUCUAAACUCGCUAAAAACAUAUACCAUCAAUUUACUGUAAGUAGUGAAAACAAAGAAUUUGAUAUUGUAUUGAACCCACAACCAUGCACAGAUGAUUUUUUUGUUGUGGAUUUAUCGCAUAUGUCAAAUUUGAUACAAAUUAAAUUUAAAUUAAUUGAUCGCAAUCUAAAAGUCUUGACAGCACCUGAAAUUAGUACUGCUAUGAGGAAAUCUAAAGUUGAAAAUGCUUCACACAAGUAUUAAAAUGAAUACCGAUCAGAAUUAAAUCUAAAAUGCAGUUUAUGCCAAGCAUAUUGCAUUUUUUCAUUGUCUUCAUGUCCAGUUAUGUAUUACUACAUUUACGAAGAAAAUAAGAUGGUAUGUUACUAUUGUUAUGAGUUUUUCAAAAGUAACAUUAGUAAAGCAACUAUUAAGAGAAUUCCUGUUUAUAUGUUUGAAGCAAUGAAGUUUUUUAACUGGAAUUGUAGUAAUUGUUGCAGCGAUAUUGAAUUUUCAGAUAUACAAUCACAUGAAAUAAACUGUAAACAAAGUAGACAAUUUACUUGCCCUAGAGGAAAUUGUUUUGAAAAAGGAACUGCUAACCACAUGAUCGAACACUUGAAAGAUCGGCAUUAUUGUAUGGCAUUUGGGUCUCACUUUAAAUUAACAAUAAAUUUUUUCAGAUGUUAUGUAUUUGUAAAUGAGUAUACUGUAUUUUUACAUGUAACUCCUACAACAGAUUUUGCAAGUCUUGAACUUUACGAUAUUCACGUGGAACUAGUAACAAAAUCUGACAAUGAUGAAAAAAGACCAUGUGCUUUGUUUUUUAAUAGCAACAAUGAAAUUUUAAAGGGUUGUCUCAAGUUGGCAUCUUGCAGUGACUUAUUUGUAAAAGUUAUUAUAUACUAGUUACACUAAAUAUUUUAUUAUUCUAACCUUUAGAGGAGAUUGUGAACAUGCAGUCAUUGAGGGUAUUGAGGGUAUUUGGCGCCGAAUUCCAUCCUACUACAUCAAUUUACUUGAUAUUUUCACUCUAAGUAGGUAAUAGCUCAAGAAACAAAGUCUACCCUAUCUCCAAUGGCGUUUUUGCCUUGGGGUGGAAAAUUUUUUGGUCAAAAUAUGCACGGAAGUGGCUAGAGAACCUAAUUCUACGCAAAAACUAUUCUAUAAUUUUGUUUGGAAAACUCAAUACUUUUUGAGUUAUUCGUGGUUGAAAAUUCACCAUUUUCAUUGAAACAUGUCACCUUUUCGGACGGUAUUUUUUUGCGAAUACCUUAAAAAUGAUCCUUCUCACGAAAAAAACUACACAAAUUAUUUUUGUAGCUUAUGAAAAAUCAAAGAGAAUCGUUUCUUCACAAACUUUUUAGUUAUAAUACAAAAAGAGAUAUGGUAGGUGAAAAGCGAUUAUUUUUUUUGGUGUAUGCUCAAAUCGGUGUGUUCACCUUAAAAUAACAAUAACAGAGAAAUGGUCGCUUUUAGUUAUAAAAACCAUACAAACGAAAAAACUGGAAUAUCUAGGCCACAUAAUGAGAGGAGAAAAGUACUCUCUGCUAAGACUCAUAAUCCAAGGAAAAAUCUCGGGAAAGAGAAAUGUGGGACGUAUAGGAGGAUUUCCUGGUUGCGAAAUUUAAGGGAGUGGUAUGGGUGCAGUUCAAUACAGUUGUUCAGAGCUGCAGCCAACAAAGUUAAGAUUGUUGUGAUGGUAGCCAACCUCCAAUAGGAGACAGUACUGCAAGAAGAGAAGGUCGCUUUUAGGGGUAUAUUGCUACGAAUACCUUUUGUAGUGCUUAAAAAGACCAGAAAAAUUGCUGACUAACGUAUUUUAGGGAAAAAUGAGAAGUAUAUUUAACCCCUCAUCCACCAGAAUUUAAAUGGCUCGUUUUCCUUCUACAAUACCUUUUAUGAUAGUGUUAUUUCUAUGUUCAAAAAGUUGGACUGGAUUAAAAUGAAUGGGUUUUGAAAAAAAUAAGAUCAAAUUAUAGAGCGCGUUUUUAAAUUUUCUUAAAAAUCUUCAUUAUUCUCCUUUGUAACCCGAAAAUGAUAAGAUAUACGAAAAAUAGAUACAGUACAAAAAUGUAGGGGUUUUCCAGAUAACAAUUCUGUUUUUCUUUCAUUACUGUAUCUCUUUAUCAUUUUCGAGUUACAUGGAGAAAAAGGAAGAUUUUUAAGAAAAUUUAAAAAUGCGCUCUAUAAUUUAAUUUUUUUCCCAAAAAUCAUGCAUUUUAAACCCGUUCAACUUUUUGAACAUAGAAAUAACACUAUAUUAAAAGGUAUUGUAGAAGUAAAACGAUGCUUUUAAAUCUGGUGGAUGAGGGGUUAAAUAUACUUCGCAUUUUAUCUUAAAAUAAAUUAGUCAUCAAUUUUUUUGCACCAUAUCUCUCUUUGUUUGAAUGUAAUCGAUAUUUAACAGUACUCGUUUUAAAGGUCUUGGCAGUAAAGUACUCCAGCACUAUAAAAGAUAUUUGUAUCAUAUUCCCUUAAAAUCGACCAUUUCUCUGUUAUUUUAAGUUAAACACACCGAUUUGAGCAUGCACCACAAAAAUCUUUUUCCACCUACCAUAUCUGUUUUUGUGAUAUAACUAGAAGAUUUAUGAAGAAAUGAGUCUCUUUGAUUUUUCAUUAGCAAAAAAAUCGUUUUAUAUAGCUUUUUUCGUUAGAUGCAAAAUUUUUAAAGUAUUCCACCCCCAAGAUAAAAGAGCACAUCGGCAAAAGGUAGACUUUGAAUUAGGAGAUAAGUAGAGGCUAUUCCCAAAAUUUCAUUAAAAUCCAUGCAAUAGGAUAGAAUUCGGAGGUAAUAUCCUGUUUUUGCUAUCAUUGGGCAUAUUAAUAGUAGUGUAAAUUUAAAAUCACGACUGAAUUCCGUCUUUGCAUUAGCCACCAUCUUGAUUCUAAAGGAAACCAAGAUGGCGGUUUUUACUAAAUAUGUAUCUCCAUCAUUUUCAUCUUUUCGACAAAAAUGGUUGGAACAGAAAUUGUUUUCCAGAUGCGAUUUCCAUUUUUACAAUUUUUUUGUCCAGUCAAUAUUUUCCGAUUUGAUGAGAAAGUAGCAGGAGAAGGGAUAAUAUUAUUGAAUUAUCUCGUUUAAUAUUAACUUUACGACAUAAUUGUAUAUAAACAAAAUGGAGAGAAUUAUAUUUUAUACAAUUUUGA